AACACACCACCAUUGGUGGGGCAGAGGGGAGGGCGUGAGGCUGGGGCAGCUCUUGGGGGAAGAGGUUAAUGAGUGACCGAGAUCAGCGGAGAGGAGCCAGCUUGCGGCUGGUCUCAGGAGCAGACCGUGCGGCGGAACUGCAGAGAGGAGGAUGCAACAGCUGCUGGUGCUCUGCUGCUGGGGCCUCGUGGCCUUGGCCAGCGUGGCCCCCGAGCGCCUGCAGAACAGGACCCUGGAGAUGGUGCUGGACGAGUUCCACAACAGGAGCCGCAUCUAUUACGCCUUUAAGCAGCAAGCCGUGGUGCCGAGCGUGGAGAGGCUCCAGAUGGGGACCUUCGUCCAGCUGGAAGUCGAUCUCGUUCAGACGGUUUGCUUGAAACAGCUACGAGGGACGCAGAACUGCCAGAUGAAGCCAGGCGGGAGGAAGCAGAAGUGUCUGGCUUGCUUCAAAUUCAACCCCAAUGGAGAGAUAUUGGACAAAUCGAUGCGGUGCCUGUCGCAGCAAGUGCCAAUCUUCCAGGAAGUGUGGAAGAAGCAGGAGCAGGAAUGCGAGAAUGUCAAGCUGACGGGGGAAGACCGCUACCGGCCCGGCGUCUUUGCCUUUAUCAGCCAGCUCCCGGAUGGGUGACUGAAGGGGCUCCCCCGGAGGGAAGGAGGCCGAGGGAGUCCUCUGAUGAGCCCCACACUCAACAACCUCUGCGGUGACUUCCGGCCCAAGAAAGCAGCAGCCCGGCAGAGCGGCUUCCACCCAGGGGGCUCAUCCCCACCCCAGAGGAGUCUGCCGCUUCCUCGGCCCAGCUUUCGGUCUCUAUGUCUGCAAUAAAGAUGCCACCCUCCCAA